CCGAAGCGCGCUUUCACGCACUUCUACGCACCUGCACACACUUCCACGAACGCACGAAAACGCCCAGGUAGUGCAACAUCACCUACGAGCCUCUUGGUUUGCUUUGUCAACACAUCGGUGUAAUUGAAGACAAUUAGCAUCAAAUUUGACAGAGUAGCUGGUGUGCUAAAACUGCGAAGGAACAAUAGCAUGUUUUUUGGUGCGGCAGCAAAUCUGGGCCGGCUGAUCUGUCGGCUGUCCCAACAGAACAUCAAGCAGCUAUAGGUCCUUCGGUCGGAGCUGAGGGAGCGCCCUGGCACUGAAGCGCUGUCAGCAGCACUCGGUGCCGCACUGCCGCAUCCCCGCGCCGGGGCGUCCCCAGCCGUAUCCCCGCCGACCGGUUCAGGCGACCACCAUCUCUUAGGCCACAGGGCCCCAGAAGCAUGUCUGCGGCCACUGAUAGCCCGCUGGUCUCGCUGCCGCAGCCGCCCAGCCGGCCGCCGCUGCGCACCUCCUCCAGCCGGACGUCUUUGGGGCCCGGCGUGUUUUCGCCCAUGUCCUCCCCCAAGUCCCUGCAGCGCCCCGCCGGACCCUCACCUUCCAGCAGCUUCGCGCGCCUCAGCGGCACCGGUGCCUCAGGAAGCAACUCGCCGGGCAAUGGACUGGGGCCGUCGCCGCCCAGCGGCGGGCUCAGCGGGGCUGGGGGUGACCUGCCCCGACUGACUCGAGCAUCCGAGUCGGGCGCGGAUCGCACCUCCAGGAACUCGCCGUCAACGCCUGGCGGCAGCUUGCGCCGCUCAACAACCAUGUCUGGCGCACGGGAGCCAGGCGGGUCAGCCAGUUUGGGAGUGACCCUGGCGGCAAAGGAGGGGUCUCCCUCCUCCAGCGGCGGCGGCCCCGGCGGCCCCGGGCCCAGCGGCAAUGAGAGCGCGGUCAUGGUGAAGCGCGAGCGCAACGCGCUCCUGCAGGAGAAGGCGCUCCUGCUGGCCAACAAGCGGCGAAUGGAGGCAGCCAUUCGGAGCCUGCUCGAGCAACAGGCGGAAGACGGUGCGGCGUGGGCCGGCGACGGAGGGGCCGCCGGUGGCGGGGGCGGGGGCAGUGGUUCGCUCAUGCCCGCGGUGGGCGGGUCUCGACCGCCGCUGACUCGAGCUGCUGGCAGCGUUAGAAACGUGAUGGCAAAGGUGCUGGAGGAGAGCUCAAACCUGGACAAACAGAUUGUGGUGAAAGGAAGCGCUGGGGCGGCCAUCUUGGCAAGCGCGGACGCGGACGCGCGCGUGCGAGAGCUGACGGCUCGUAUUGCAGAGCUACAGACGGAGCAUGAGGUGGCGCUGAGCCGGAUGGAGGGCGAGCUCAAGUACCGCAUUACGCAGGCUUCGGCCGCCACCAGCAGCCUACAGAGACAGCUGGGAGAGGCGGAGGAGGAUGUGGCGAGCCUGCGGCGGCAGCUGUCCUUGGCAGAGAGCCGCGUGCGUGAAUACGCCGACAACAACACGGAACUCCGGAGACAGGUGUAUGAGCUGAACACGACUCUUGGCGACAGGAAUCAAGCACUGGCGGACGCCAAGACCGCCAUGGGCACAGACAAGGCCACGCUCCAGACGGUGAACGAUAUGCUCAAGGCGCAGCUGCGGGAGGCAGCCGCGGACCGCGCCGCAAAGGCCGCGCGCAUCUCCGAGCUGGAGCGACAGCUGGUGCAUCGAGAGACGCUCUUAACCGAGGCGCAACAGCAGCUUGAGGCGGCGCGCGGAAUCCAGGCCAUCACCCACCACAGUGGCAGUGGUGGCGCUCCUCCAGGCCUGAUGGCCAUCGGCAGCAGCAGGAGCAGCAGCAUCCCGGGCGGGCUCAGCGCGGGGCUCUCCUCCUCCGUCUCGCUGCCGAUCGGUGCCAUGUCCUCAGCCUUCCACAGCACUGCCGGCCUUGGUGGCGGUGGAGGCGGUGGCGGCGGCGGCAGCGGUGGCAAUGGCACGCGGCUCGCGCCGCUGCCGCCGCCCGAGCCCAAGGAAGUGUGGGGCUCCGUGUCACCCAUGCUCGCGGCGGUGGGCGCGCGCUCCCACUUGCCUGCUGCCGGCGGACUCAACGGUUGUAACGGUCCCAAUAUUUAUAAUGGCAUCGCAGCCAACGGCCAGGCCGCAGCGCCCGUUGUGCCCAGCUUGAUCAUGGUCAAUGGCUUCAGCAAAGUGGGUGGCGGCGGCGGGACGGGUGCCGCGGGUGGGGCAACGCUAGGGCGCGGCGGCCCGGGGGCCGGCGCCGGCGCGCUGACGCCACAGGCGAUGGAGGCGGCCAAGAGCCUGGGGUUAUCGAGUGCGUACAGUGAGGAUUUCUCGGGCAGUGAGCCCGGAGAUGCGGAAGAGUGUGAAUGAAGCGGGAGAGGCACGGGUGUGCUGGCACACUGUGGGUGUGCAAUGUGUGCGGAUACAAUGCCAAGCUGUUGUAGCUGCCAGCAGUCUCUGUAGAGCAUAUGCAUACCGUAUGCAGGGUGACAGCAGCUCCGCUGGUACGUGGGCGUGUCCUAUUACUGAGCACCUACUUCGUUUGUAUUCAAUGCAUAUGUGCAUUAUGAUCUCUGCUCUUCAUUUUACAGCAACGCUUCAUUCUAUGAUGGAUGUGCUUCGCAUCAUUUGCUCUCAGGAGGGCAUACAUAGGCCCAGCUUGGUGCAAGCGCACGCAGCAGGCAAGGCACCCACAUACAUACGCCGCUGAAACUAUGCGUGAAUUAAAACGCACCUACUGCCGUAGGUUGUUUUGGGCUAGCUUUGGCAUGAUCCUGUCCCUUCGCAUUGCCACAUACCGACUCCUCAAUUCUGUGAUGGGACAGCACUACCAGGCGCCAACGGGUGGGAGUUUAACGACGGCAGGGCUGACUAGACGUCUCGUUGUGUCCCGCGCGGUGCCGUUGAUUACGUGAUGGCCGCCGUGAGCGUGGCAUGUGACUCAGUGCUUGCGCACGUGUGUUACAUAGGCAAGGGAAUGGGCGGCGCAGAGAUGCCUCUGGUUGUGAACCCCGUUAUGUGGUUUGAGUGUUGUGUGUUGGUGGGAGGGGGAGUGUGUUGGGGGGGAGUGCUCGGGGGUGUCCCGUGGGGGCUGAGAGCGCCGAAAGGGCGCUGGAAAGCAGGGGGGAUGCGUCAUGAAGGUGUCCUUGCUGCUACGUGCAUCUACCUUUGUCAACGGCAAGGCAGGUAAGCGUUGCGUAGCGUUCAAGAAAAAGGCAGGUGUACGGAGCUUGGGGUGAAUGGACCUGCGUGUCGAGUGAGGCGCAACAUAAGACGGCCAGGGACCAUGUGAAUUGUUGCCGCAUUAAGAGUAUGGCGGUACGUGAACGGCACCGCCAAGGGGGCGCGGGUCAGCGGGCGGAGGGGGGGGGAGACUCGAUGGCGGCCAAAGUCUCAGGAGGAAAAUUCGGCGCCGCCGACCCCUGGCCGACCUGCCGACUUCGCGGCCGACUGCCUAACGUUCGGCCAUGCCUCCGACGGCCAUGAAUGCUUGUCUUGCAACGCAAUUUGUGCUGUUUGGUCUGGCAUACUAAGAAACGACGAAU